UUUCCCCGUGGACGAGUGACACCACGGUGUGCUAUUUAUUUAUUUAUUCUAGUUUCUUUUAAAUUUUCCGGAGCUAAUCAUGCUCGGCCUGUGCCUUUACGUCCCCGUGUCCAACUCGGACCCGAUUGAAGUGGAAUAUUUCGAGUCUAACGGGCUGCCGUCGGAGCUGAAGUCGCUCUUUAACAAACUGAGCGUGUUCCUGCCGUCCCAGGAGUUCUCCACCUACCAACGAUGGCGACAGAAAACCUUAAAAAGGGAAGAAAAAGACUCAGAUGGACAGCUGGACUUUGAAGAGUUUGUUCACUAUCUGCAGGACUACGAGAAAGACCUGAAGCUUGUGGUGAAAAGCCUCAACAGGAAGAAUGCAGGCCACGUUGAUCCCAAGGAGUUCAUGCAGUCUCUGCAGGACCUCGGUGUGCAUAUUUCCCCCCAGCAUGCGGAGAAAGCCCUUAAGAGCAUGGAUAAGAAUGGGAUGAUAACUAUCAGCAGCAAAGACUGGAGCAAGUACCCCACGGUGGAGAAAACUGAGAACAUUCCUGAGAUCAUCCUCUACUGGAAACACUCCACGAUUUUCGAUGUGGGUGAGAACCUGAUGGUGCCAGAUGAGUUCACCGAAGAGGAGAAGCAGACUGGGAUGUGGUGGAGGCACCUGGUCGCAGGUGGAGGAGCUGGAGCUGUUUCGAGGACCUGCACCGCCCCACUGGACCGACUCAAAGUCAUGAUGCAGGUUUAUGGAUCCCGAACCAACAACAUGUGCAUCAUGACUGGGAUGAUGCAGAUGAUCAAAGAGGGCGGCAUGAGGUCGUUGUGGCGCGGCAACGGCGUCAACAUCAUCAAAAUUGCACCCGAGUCGGCUCUCAAGUUCAUGGCGUAUGAGCAGAUCAAACGUUUAAUCGGCAGCGAACAGGAGACUCUGAGCAUCGUGGAGCGAUUUGUUGCAGGUUCUCUGGCUGGAGUGAUCGCCCAGAGCACCAUCUACCCCAUGGAGGUCCUGAAAACUCGUCUGGCUCUGAGGAAGACCGGGCAGUACUCUGGUAUCUCAGACUGUGCGAAGCAGAUUUUCAGGAGAGAAGGACUCUCAGCGUUUUAUAAAGGCUACGUCCCAAACAUGCUGGGCAUCAUCCCCUACGCAGGAAUCGACCUGGCGGUGUACGAGACCUUAAAGAACAGCUACCUGCAGCAGUACGGCGCCAACAGCACCGACCCCGGCGUCUUCGUCCUGCUGGCGUGCGGCACCGUGUCCAGCACCUGCGGCCAGCUCGCCAGUUAUCCUUUGGCGCUGGUGCGAACUCGCAUGCAAGCACAAGCUGCGACCGGGAACUACCAGCAGGUGACGAUGAGCAGUCUCUUCAGGCAGAUCUUGCAGACCGAGGGCCCGACGGGGCUCUACAGGGGCCUGGCCCCCAACUUCCUCAAAGUCAUCCCUGCCGUCAGCAUCAGCUACGUGGUGUACGAGAACCUGAAGACGCAGCUGGGAGUGACGUCACGCUGAAACUCGCCCUCUUUGUUGCUUAAUGCAACAAGUGACUCUUCACCUCCCCCCCCCUCCCUCCCCUGCACCACCCUCCUGUCCCUCCCAGUGCACAAGCUAAGGGAAUCCCAGGGACCUUUGUGGCCCCUCUGGGGGUUCGUGGAGUGAUCUCAUUCUGUGAAUGUCAGCUGACGUAAGACGAGAAAGGCCGAGGUGAAGGAUAUGGACUCUGUGAGCUCGCGAUGUCUGGAUUGUGACUGCUGCUAUUUAUGUUUUUUAAGUGUCGAGAGCUGAAAGGAGAGACGCACGAAGGGAUGUGAGUGAUUUUGUAAGUCGAGGACCAAAUGUUUUUGCUCUUUGUGCCAUUUCGGUGCCUGAGCAAAACAUCCUAUUUCUUUUUUUUAUGUUGUGUAACACCAGAGCUUUGGUCAGUCUGAGAUGCAUCGCCAACGCUUGUGUUGCGCAACUCGACUGCAAACGUUCAGAGUAGUUUUGCAUGGCAGAUAUAGCAUUAAUAAGCUCUUUGAGAGGUUUCGGUAUUUAACAGAAAUGAUUGUGUUCCUACAUGGGAGGGUUUUUGCACAUGUGAGUUUGAUCUCUCUUAACCCCGUCCUGAAUGAAUGAAUCGACGACAGGAUUUUCUGACUGUGGAGUAUUUAUUUCUAUCCAUCCUUUAUUUGUUUUCGUCUCUGGACUUACACUGCUUCGAGUUUCCUGUCUGAAGAGCCAAAUGUGCGAUUUAAUAAGCGUUUUAAAUGCAGUGAUUGUAUUCAGGGUGGAAACUAACACUAGGCAACAGCCUUAACACGUGGCUAUGAAACACUAAAUGUAGUUGUCUCAAGUGUUAAACGAGGUUUUACUUUACUGUAGCUGCUGUUUAAGCAAAAUAACUUUUUUGUGGAAACGGUAUAAGUUCAUGUCUGUUAAUGAGUGUGUUUGCCCUUUUUUAAAAAGGCAUAGAUGUCUUAAUAUUCACCUCAGGUUAAAGGGCAGAUCAUUGUUAAUUCACACUGUACACAAAGGUGUUUUCAAAACAUGUAUACUGGGAAAAAGAAAGGGCUUUGGAAAAGAUGAGCGACAUAAUGCACUUUAAUUAUUGCUGGAAGGGCCUCUGAAUGAAUGUCAUCAAGUUCAGGUAUGAAGUUAAUUCUUUUGUAAAGAAAGAGUUUUAGUCUUGUUUUAAUGGACCAUAUUCAUGCAAAUAAAUGCAAAUUCUUGUAA